GUAUUUUUGAUUUUUAAGAUUCCAUUUUAAUUCGUUGAAACCACAAGAUGAAGAGAAGGUGCGUAAGUAGAAAGCAGAACAUUUGUUGAAUUUGAAGUUAAACCAAACACCACACAAAGACAUGUCAGAAGUUGAUUUUCAAACCCAAAAACAUCCACGUCUCUUCAUCCCCAACUUCCUCUCUUCUCACGAAUGCAAGGAAUUGGAAUUCAUACACAAAUGUAGCAGCACCGUGGGUUACAGACCCAAUGUCUUUUCCACCACGCUUUCUCAUCUCAUUGCAACAAACUCUUCUCAUUUCAUCAUUCCUUUCAUUCCCAUCCGAGAAAGGUUGAAAGAUAAAUUAGAAGAGUUUUUCAAAUGUGAAUUUGAGCUUUUUAUUGAAUUCACUGGUUUAAUCAGCUGGAGUAGAGGAGCAAGCAUUGGAUGGCAUAGUGAUGACAAUAGGCCUUACCUCAAACAACGGCACUUUUCAGUAGUUUGUUAUUUAAAUACAUAUGGAAAGGAUUUCAAUGGGGGACUCUUUCACUUCCAAGAUGGUGAACCGGCAACAAUUAUGCCCGCUGCUGGAGAUGUUGUGAUGUACACGGCUGACGACAGGAACAUUCAUUCUGUUGAUGAGAUAACUGAUGGGGAAAGACUUACACUUGCUUUAUGGUUCAGUCGCGAUGGUUCUCAUGAUGAAGAUACGAAACUUGUUUCUCUUCUUUCACAACACCUAUUACAUAAGAGCAUGGCUAGUUCGUGCCUACCUUUUCCUGCAUCCAGUAAUAUGUACUGGUGUUCUCAGAACCAAGCUUCCACUGACCACUUUGGGUUUAAUAUUUGUUGGGCCAGACUGCAUGUUCUCGGAUAUGACAUAUAUAUUUCUCAAGACAGUAGCUCCGGCUUUGAUGUCUCUGAAUUAAUGGUAAAGCCAGUGCGCUUGGUGAGAGGAAGUGAGUUGCUAGACCAUGAAUUUGUCAAUAUUUUGCAUGCGCUUCAGGUCGUCCAAUUUUAUUGUUGGAAAGGUUCUGCCUUGCAGACCAACAUGUCGAAUAUAGAUUCCAAGGUAGUAAAACUGUUGGAUGUGCAAAGAGAGAAGAUCAGCGGUAUAAAUUCUUUACUUCUUAAUGAUGUUAAUUUUGCAUCCAGAAUUUUCUGUAGAAGGCCUUCCUAUUUGGAAGAAAAUGGAUGCAUUUACUUUAAUUGGACUGGAAUCGUGGCGGCUAUUGCUGCUUGGGAAGAUUAUGUGUUGAAGUUAAGCAAGCAAAUUCAUUUACAGUUGCCUUACUGGAGAAUGCAAGAAUCUUUAUACAAUGUACAAAUAGAUGCGUAGUAUUCAUAUCAACGCAAACUCCUUUCCGAAGCUUUGCUUUAACAGCAUUAUUCAAGUUGGCGUGCUUUCGGCUGGUUUAAGACCAUGCUGCUUGAGGGAGAGAUGGGGAGUGCAACUUACGGUUUCCCAAGAUUUAUCAUAAAUUAAAGGGGUUAUCAACUCUAGAUGAAUAAGCAAUGCCUUUGUUUCUCUAAUUCUUGUAGCACGAAUUUGGGUGCAAUAUUACAGCUGCUGCAGUCUCACUCAAGACUUUUUCUCAGACUCCCUUGACUUCUGCUCAAAUUUUCAGACAGUGAUAUGUUAUCUGUUUUGACAUAAGAAAUAGAUUGCAUAUGUAUCUUUCUAGCUCAUUGUAUCUAUGCCACUGCUUUUUAAGUUCUUUGGAUAUGCUCCAUCUGUGCAAAGCCCUGCCAAAAAUGUCAUAGAAUACAAUAUUUGCAUUGGUUUUUGUGAUCUGCAUAGACAGGAGUCCAUGCCCAUCAUGAUAAUGCCUCAAUUCUUCGGGAUCCCAUGGCUCAUCGUCACUCUCCAUGCCCUUGACA